ACAAAGGUUGAGCGUCUACUCCAACUGUGUCUGGAGUUCGCUUUCAAAGUUUUCCACUAAAAAAAAAGAUCUAUCACAGAAAACAAAACAUGUCAUUCAACACUUUCACAAUGCGGGCUGCCGACUACGGUGCGCAGCAAAGGCAGCAGCACUACAGUAACGCCUACGGCAACUAUGCGGCUGGAGGAAUGAACGUGACUGGAAACCUGAAUGGACACCGCACUAGCAAUGCUCAUCCUCAUGCGGUGUAUUGUGGAGGUGUAGAGCAACCACGCAAUAGCGACGUCCUUCUCCAAUGGGAACAGAGUAUCGGUCUCAAGCGUCAAAUGCAGGAGAACGCUGCUAGUGGGAAGACGACGCUGAUGCUGAGUAUCUUCGUCUUUUUGGUCCUAGUACUUCCGUUUGCUUGAAGAUCUGAUAUCCUCAUUGUGAUGAAGCCUCAGAAUAAGACCAUUGCUCACAAAAACUCAUCUUGCGAAAGAGCCCACGACUACCUCGUCCUACUUCAUCAGUACAAACCUUCUACUCAGAAAACCUCCUCGCUUCGCAAACUCAACGAGACCUUUUAGACCUAUUCGCAAGCCGUCAAUUUUUGCCUGGACGCAGCUUCGAUUUCUUCUACCUGCCUAUGGACUUCCGUUCUCGCUCCAACUACGGCUAUUGCUUUAUCAACUUUGUGACGGUGCCAGAAUCGAGGCGUUUUUAUGCGGCGUUUCAUCAGUACUAUUCUUGAGACUGGAAGCGGCUGAGCCUGAGUCGAGAGAAGAACUAAUACUAUAGCCUGGAUAUGAUCAUGAUGAUCCCCCUGCGUAGCAACACUGCUAUGCGGCGUUUUUAUGCGGCGUUUCAUCUCAAUGUUGCUUUGCUCAUUUGUGCCUGUCAAAUUUUUCAUCCUUGCUUCCUAUCCCCCCCACACUAGGACGAGUCUCCCAGUCAGCGCACCUCGAAAGGUUUGCGAAGUCACCUACGCGCGAGUUCAAGGAAGAAAGAACAACGUCGAACAGUUUCGAAACAGUCCGAUUAAUUCGGUAAUCCACCCAGUCCUAGAACUAGAUUCAUAUGUUGUGAGGGCUCAUUUUUUUUUGUGGAAUAAAUGCUUUGUCUCUGAUGAUAAUUAGCUGAAAAUCUUCUCGAAGAAGUCCAACCGUAUUCAGAUCCCUGCCGAGAUCACGCAUUAUCGACCGAUUUGUUAACAAAGUUACCUCCAAUAGAGCAAACUGAUAUUGAAUGAGUAGAAGGAUUCGAACUUGCAGGAGAAUUUGGAAUGUACUUGCUUCUUUGUGUUUCAUCUCGUUGAGGAUCGACAAGUCCAAUCGUAUUCAGAUCCCCGCCGAGAUCACGCAUUAUCGGCCGAUUAUCUUCGAUACCCGUGGUAACAUGGUUCCCUUCCCAGAACCAGAUCAACCGCUUCCUUCUGUUCAACUACGAGACGCACGUAAGAAGACAACUGGCGUGACCUCUUCCACAUCUGAAGAGACUAGUACAGGAAGCGCUACUACUAUGCCGAUCAUGGGUACAACGACCGGUUCUGGUACCGUUCCACCAUCCACCACGGCCAUAGAUUACACUGCUAAUGCCACUGCAGCCACAACAGGUUGCGCAGCCAGUACUGCUCUUCAACAACAGGGUCAGUCUCACAGCACUCAACAGAUGGCCGCUUAUCAUCAACAACAGCUGCUCUCUCAUUCGACAGACUCCACGAUUGCAGCUUCGCCCAAUACGAUUGCAGCUUCGCCUGCAACCACCAAUGGUAGUUCCGGCAAUAAGAACGGAUUGAUGCCUCCAGUGGCAGGACAACAGCAAGAUCAAACAGCUGCUUCAGUCAAUACGAACAUGCCCACUCUAUUGACCAUGAAUGAAGAUGCACAAAGUGGCACGGGUACGGCCAAUAAAAACGCUUUGACCAUCUCCAAUGCUGCGAACAAUUUUACAUCUACCAAUGGUAACACCACGUCUUCUCAGCACAACAACCUCAGCCCACAAGUAUCCGCCGGGGGCACUUCUUGUGGUGGACGAUGGGCUAACUCUGCUAUCCCCAAAAGCAAUGAUGCUCGUCAAAACAACACUGCUAGUGCUAACAACUAUCCCAACUACAGCACCAACGUGAACAACAUGGCAUUUCCGCCUGGUCUUCCCCGAGCAACGGCUGCUGGAGGUUCGGCGCAGUUGUACAACUACUAUUUGCAGAAUCCGGGUGUAGCGAUAGCGGCGGUUGGCGCAUUAGCUGCCGGUGUGAAUCCUGCUUUAGUUUUCGGACCUGCUCAACCUCCGGGAACAACUGGUAUGAUGUGUCUUUGUGAUUUUGGUUGUUGUUGAUUUGGCUUUAUGCGCUCUUGUCGAAUCAACUUGGAGACAGGAUCUGUUGACAUUUAUCAACAAAUGCAUGAUGAUGAUUCAUCCCUCCACCUCUACCCCAAUGCCACAGUUCUCCCACCUGCUCCUGCCUCACUCGCCACCUCCUCGCCGAAUUGUGUACCGAGCUUUCCUGGAGACAACAAGAAACCUCAAGACACGCCUAGUCCCGCUUUGGACACGUCCACCUGGCCUUACCCUAUGGACCCACGUGACGCUGCUUACUUCUCGCAGACCUGGAUGGAUCCGAGCAGUAUUAAUUUGUUUUUUUGUAGUUGAUGAUGAUGUAGAUGUGGUGCAUGUGAUGAAUCAACGUGACCUUAAAACGUACCAAUGUCAACCCCUUUUACACAUUUACUUUUAUCAUUUACUUUUACUGCCACUGAUGUCUCCAGGAGCUCCACUGUUGCAAGCUACACAAUGAGAAACUUCAAUUCUAGGUGCCUAUCUGGGGAACCCGUCGACGGCAGCAUAUUAUCCGAAUACAGGUUACCCAUUUUCUUGGUGAGUUGAAGAUGGAAAUAUGAAGCGAGUGAUUGCCAGUGGGAGUAGGACUGGGAAGUAACCGCAUGUGUGGUAAAGCCAAUCUUGUGCGUUCCAAGAACAGUAGCAAAACCGAAUACAACGUAGAAAAGAAAAUAGAUUUAUGGAGAAGUAGAAGAUUUAGAUUGAUGAAGGACUAGUAGCGGUACUUAUUGAUUCUUUGUUUUGUUUUUGCAGGUAGAACUCAUAGGUAGUUGUAGAUCGUUUUUCUUUUUAGAUAGUAGAAUUAUUAAGCAGUAUCGUACGUAGAGGGCCUUAUGAUAUCGGCAAUUAUCAAAUAUGUUUUGUUUUUUGAGUUUCGAUAUUUGAAAAUUUCAGUUUGUGAAUGUUCAAUCGAGUAUUUCUGCGUCGUAGCUAAACUUCAUCUUCUUGAAGACAAAGAUUGACACCUUUCGUAUUGUUAAUCUAGAUUUUCCGAGAUGAAUUUUGAUUUUGGAUGCUUUCCGUGCCUGUAUGAAUAUGAUCUCCAGAAAAAAAUUUGAUAUCUAGAAAAACCUAUCAUGGCGGGAGUUGGAGUUCAUCACACUCAUCUGACAAGUUCGUUCUGUCGUAGUUCAGUCACAGUUACAGUAAAAGUAAAUACGGUCGUCGACAUCUAGAGAACAUUUAUCAGCACUCGAUCUAGAAGUAUGUCUUCAGUAUCUGGUCAACCUUACGUACUUCAUCGAUCUGAAUUUAGUUCCACAGUAUUUUUCUUCUUUUUUUCAUGUGAUUCGAUCGUAACUAUAACAUAAUUGUUCAGGCAUUUUUUUGGAGCUCGAUCCACUGAGAAUCGCAUCGAUACAAUCAACCACGUAGUAAAGUAGUAUAUAGAUCAUUUUGCUAAAGCAUAUGCAGAUCCGCACAUGUUGAAAUAGAAAUAUAUGACUCUCAAAUUUUAGAAGAGGUAGUCUGUAGACGGUGGAUUCGUUCCACGCACAUACCGGUUUUGUUAGUUUGUAAAGAAAAUGUAUCUUGUAGAGAAGUAGUGUUGUGUUCUGCCUGUCAGCCGAUGAACCACAGACCACAGAC